UUUGGGGAGUGCAUAUAAUCAACAUAUUACCGAAGGUGCCUAGAUAUUGAUCCCGUGUUCCGAGGUUAGUUCAAAUCCCCCCCCUUUUUCUGGACCUUCGGGUUUGACCUCAGUUCGUCCGAGCCUGGUGGAGAAUAAUUCACGCGUAAAAUGCCGAAGAGAAAGUCUCCAGAGGGUCCCGAGGGCAAGGAGGCCUCCAAAGUGACGAAGCAGGAGACCCCCAGAAGGUCAGAGAGGUUGUUAGCGAAACCUGCUCCACCAAAGGCUGAGACCAAGGCCAAGAAGGCCAUCGUGAAGAAGGUGGCGGACGAUAAGGGCGCGAAGGCAAAGAAAAGCGUCGCCAAGGGUAAGAAGGACGACGGCCCCGCCCAGAACGGACAGACCAAGACCAAAGAGAUCUACGUGUCUCGUCCGUCUGUCAGUGUGUCCUCCAUCAGAAGCUCGGCUCCCUCCUUGAUGUCAGUGAGAGGCCAGAGUGAGACGGUCCGAGUUAAGGGUAACUGAGGAGGCGGCCGCGGAGAAGGCGUGAAGACGACGGGGCGCGUCCUCCGACAUCGCCCCCCCCCCCCUCAACCCCCCGACGCCGCGGCAGCAGAAGCAUCCUUUUUUUACUGACGAUUUUUAUACCAUGCUGAAUUCUUUUUUUUUAGACUUGUGAUAGUAGAGACGGGACGACCAGCGUCCGUUCGCCCCCCCCAGCGUAGUUCCUGCUCCCCUCCCCUCCGUAUCGCCGCUCUUGAGACACCUAGAAAGAGACGGGGUGAGGCGCUUUUAACCGGGCGGCUGCAGAUGUCCCUCGUCUCGCCCCGAAGGGGGGGUCCGUGAACUGUGGAGCUCUCCAGACCAGCUCUGCGUGUCUUUGUGGUCUCCACCGAGGGUCUUUCUGCAGCUUUUAAAAAUAAUAUUUAAGUUCUUAAGACUCCGCUGCGUUUCACACAGCUCCUUUUGUAUGUGUGCGAUGAGCGAACGCGUCCACGGGUCUCUGCGUUUGACUUCACCCCCCCACACUUAUCUUUUCAUUUGCCUCCCCUCCUGACAGCCUUGUCCUGCAGUGACGUAGCAAUAAUGAGUGGUGCUUCUGUUCUAGACGCCUCUAUCAGCUUUGGACCCUCUGGGCUUCUCUGGAGUUUCAUCCUGUUGGAAGAAUAUUUUGAAAAUAAAAAAAAAGAAAAGUA